AUGCAUUCCACCACCACCCUUCUCACCGCAGCCGCCACGCUCCUGGCCUCCACCGCACAAGCCCGCAUCGUCGGCUUCUACGCGCCACAAAACGCUGCACCCAACGCAGAUGUCAAAAUCGAAAUUUUCACCGAGGGCUACCCACAAACGAUCAACGAUGUCGCCAUCUCGUUUGGUCUGACACCUCUCGAGUCGUUGUUCAUGGGCAGUUUGGGCACAUAUGUCAGCACCAAGGCAUUGGGUCCUGACUUCUCCAACGUCGAUGGCAACAUCACACACAUUAUUCACAUUCCCGCAACUUUUCCCGUCGGUCCCGCGGUAUUGCAGGCUUCGCACUUUUCUUUGACGGGAGCGUCUUCGACGCCUGCGACGGAAAUUUAUUAUGCCAAUGUGACGAUUGGUGCGGGAAAUCAGUUUCCUUAUACGACGAGUGCGAGGAUUCCGAAUCCUAUGUAA